GCGGGGCGCUGUCAGGGCGUCAGCGCCGGCGGCUCCGCGCGGCCGGCCCCGAGCGCGUCCCUUAUCGCAGACAGGCACCGGGGAUCGCAUCAUUAUCAUGGGCACUGUUUGCUUUUCGCGGUGCUGCUGUUUGCUUUUCGCUCUCGCCUGGGCCGGCAGGUUGGCGGGAGGCAGCGGGGGCGCAGAUGUUGACGAGUGCGCAGAAGCUACGGAUGACUGUCACAUCGACGCAAUUUGUCAAAACACACCGAAAUCCUACAAAUGCAUCUGCAAACCGGGCUACAAAGGGGAAGGGAAGCAGUGUGAAGAUAUCGAUGAGUGUGAAAAUGACUUCUACAAUGGGGGUUGUGUCCAUGAGUGUAUCAACAUUCCAGGCAACUACAGGUGUACGUGCUAUGAUGGAUUCAUGUUAGCCCACGAUGGCCACAACUGCCUUGAUGUUGAUGAGUGUCUUGAUAACAAUGGAGGGUGCCAGCAGAUUUGUGUAAAUACUAUGGGCAGCUAUGAAUGUCAGUGCAAAGAGGGCUUUUUUCUGAGUGAUAACCAGCACACCUGCAUUCAUCGCUCCAUUGAGGGUAUGAACUGUAUGAAUAAAGAUCAUGGGUGUGCACACAUCUGCCGGGAGACACCCAAAGGUGGGGUUGCCUGUGAAUGUAGACCUGGCUUUGAACUUGCCAAAAACCAGAAGGACUGCAAAUUAACCUGUAACUAUGGGAAUGGAGGCUGCCAACACACCUGUGAUGACACAGAUACUGGCCCUGUGUGUGGCUGUCAUCAGAAGUAUGCCCUGCACUCAGAUGGCCGAACCUGCAUUGAGAAGGAUGAGGCUGCAAUUGAGAGUUCUGAGUACAAUGCCACGUCAGUAGCUGAUGUGGACAAGCGGGUGAAACGGCGGCUACUUAUGGAAACAUGUGCUGUCAAUAACGGAGGCUGUGAUCGGACUUGCAAGGAUACUGCGACAGGGGUGCGCUGCAGUUGCCCAGUUGGAUUUACCCUGCAGCCUGAUGGGAAAACGUGCAAAGAUAUUGAUGAGUGUUUGGUAAACAAUGGUGGCUGUGACCAUUUCUGCCGAAACACAGUUGGCAGCUUUGAGUGCAGCUGCCAGAAAGGCUAUAAACUGCUCACAGAUGAAAGGACCUGCCAAGAUAUAGAUGAGUGCUCCUUUGAACGGACCUGUGACCACACCUGUAUCAACUACCCUGGAAGCUUUGAGUGUCUCUGCCACAAAGGCUACACUUUGUAUGGACUGACACACUGUGGAGAUAUUGAUGAAUGCAGCAUCAGCAAUGGUAGCUGUGACUUCGGAUGUGUUAAUACCAUGGGGAGCUAUGAGUGUGUGUGCCCAGUUGGAAAGAAACUGCACUGGAAUAAAAAGGACUGUGUUGAGAUGGUGAAAUGUCCCCCAAAUGCCAAACCAGGUCCCAAGGCUCAGCUAGUAUGCAGUAAGACAGGAGGCAUAGAGAGCUGCUUCCUGUCAUGCCCAUCCAAUACUCUUUUUGUUCCAGACUCAGAGAACAGCUACACGCUGAGCUGCGGUGUCCCCGUGCAGCAUGGCAAGGCACAGCCCAGGAGCAACUCCACCCUGCCCAGCUGCUCAGAUUCCCUGGCCACUCCAAUCAAGCAGAAAGCUCGUUUUAAAAUCAAAGAUGCAAAAUGCCAUUUACGGCCUCGCAGCAAAGAAAAAACAAAAGAUUCUGGGAAGCAGGCUGUUUCAGGAGGUCAGUUCCCCUGUACAGACAACUGCCAGGUGACCUUUGUGAACCUCAAGUGCGAUUCCUCCAAGAAAAAACGCCGAGGCCGCAAGUCACCAUCAAAAGAAGUGUCCCAUAUCACUGCAGAGUUUGAAGUGGAGAUGAAGUCUGAAGAAGUCUCAGACACCUGUAACAUUGACUGUGUUCGGAAAAGGAUGGAGCAGAAGCUGCAAACUGCAAUCAAAACAUUGAGGAAAUCUAUUAAUAAACAGCAAUUUUACAUUCAGUUUUCUGGGACAGAAUAUGAAGUGGCUCAGAAGCCAGCUAAAGCUACUGAAGGGCAUGAAGCAUGCAGUACAGGGCAAGUACUGCAGGAUGGAAAAUGUGUUACCUGCAGCACGGGCACCUUCUAUAGCGGAGAACACAAGCAGUGCGUCCCGUGCUCGCCAGGAACCUACCAGGACACAGAAGGCCAACUCACCUGUGAGCCAUGCCCCAGCAACGAUGGCCAGGGAGUAGCGGGCGCCCGGAAUGUCUCGGAAUGUGGAGGGCAGUGUUCUCCUGGGCACUACUCUUCAGAUGGUUUCAAACCUUGUACAGUCUGUCCUCUUGGUACAUAUCAGCCUGAACCAGGAAGGACCCUCUGCUUUCCCUGUGGCGGUGGGCUUGUGACCAAAUACGAAGGUGCUGUUUCCUUUCAAGACUGUGAAACCAAAGUUCACUGUUCUCCUGGACACUACUACAACUCCACAACACACAGAUGUAUCCGGUGCCCUGUGGGAACAUACCAGCCUGAGUUUGGUCAGAACUACUGCAUCACCUGCCCUGGCAACACCAGUACAGAUUUUGAUGGCUCCACCAAUGUCACACAUUGCAAAAACCAGCACUGUGGAGGAGAACUGGGGGACUACACUGGCUACAUUGAAUCACCCAACUAUCCUGGAGAUUACCCAGCUAAUGUGGAAUGCAUUUGGAAUAUAAAUCCACCCCCAAAGAGAAGAAUACUCAUCGUAGUACCCGAGAUAUUUCUCCCAAUUGAAGAUGAAUGUGGCGAUGUUUUAGUAAUGAGAAAAAGUGCUUCUCCAACUUCAAUUACUACGUAUGAAACAUGUCAGACCUAUGAGAGACCUAUUGCAUUUACCUCAAGAUCAAGGAAACUCUGGAUUCAGUUCAAGUCAAAUGAAGGAAACAGUGGCAAAGGAUUUCAGGUCCCCUAUGUGACUUACGAUGAGGAUUACCAACAACUAAUAGAAGACAUUGUUCGAGAUGGCCGAUUAUAUGCAUCAGAAAACCAUCAAGAAAUUCUAAAGGACAAGAAACUGAUUAAAGCUCUCUUUGAUGUACUGGCACACCCUCAAAACUAUUUCAAGUACACAGCACAAGAGUCAAAAGAAAUGUUUCCAAGAUCAUUUAUAAAGCUACUGCGAUCAAAAGUUUCCAGGUUUCUACGACCAUACAAAUAGUCUGGUGGUAUUCAAUUUUUGGUUACUUUGCAUUCCCGUCAAAUACUGUCUUUCCUCCAUAGUAGAAACAUUUGCUGAUUUGAAAGCUCUUUUUUGCAGUCUUUGUUCACAAUUGUUAAUGAAGAACACCUAUAAUGUUUUAUAAUUGUUAAAAGUCAAUGUUCUGAACGGGAUUCUUACUACAAAAAAAAAAAAUGCAUCCCUGAGCACAUCUAGUUGUAGAUCCAAAUUUGUGUCUGCACUAGUGUAUCCUCACUUUUCAUCUGAAAUAUCACUAUGUAAAAAUAUUCUUUAUAGCUUCUUAUUUUUCAUCAACAAUAACUUUUGUCAAAAAAAAGGAGGACUCUGUUCAAAUAUGAUUAAACUACCUGAAGAUAAGUUCUGUUAUAGAAAGAAGUAUGUAGUAUAAAUAAUACUUGGAUUUUGAAUUGCACUCGAAGUUUAUAUUUGAAUCUUUAGAAGAAAAUGAAACAAUCUAAAUUUUGUUGUUUCUCAUUUGUGGCUUGGUGGAACCUCUGUCCAAGUAGAAAUCAAAAAGGAAAAAAAAGAAGAAAAAAAUUUAUAAUUUUGUUUUAUGAAUUACAUGAGAUUGAGUCCCAUACCCUAAUGUCCUAAUGUUUUUAUCUAUCCUCUUCUAAACUUCUUCAUUGGUUUGCCACUGUCAAUUACUUAAUUGAAACAGAUUUAGCUCUGGAUUUUCAUGCAUCAGUCGGUCCCUUUAAAGACAUUUACAAUAGGAUAUGUGAGAAAUUAACAACAACAUUAGUAGUCUUGGUUUUCUUUCCAUUAACAGAGCAUCUAAUUAAGUACAAUAUAUAAAUAUAUAAAUAUAUACUUCUUCUAUUUGUGGGUACAUUAGUAAUGUUAUCUCUAGUUACUGUAAAUAUUAUUCAUGCUUAAAUCUUUACUCCCACACACCCUAUUUACUCAUAUCUAUAUGUAACUUUGUGUAGACAAUUAAAUGACUUCUCCAAGUGCUUGUCACUUCUAUUAACACCCAACUGAAGCCUUUUUAGGUUUUAUAAUACUGGAUAAUGGUUUACUCUGGGACAAUCUCUUUCAAUAUGUAUUAUUCCAGGAAAAAUAGCAUCAGUGGAGGUGCAACUACUGCCCAGUAAAGGGUAAGCUGUUGCCUCUCCCUUGGGAGGCCCCCAAAUGCAGACAAUAGAGUCACCCUCAGGACAGCACACGUGGGAGGAGUUGCUGCUGGACCUGCUGUCUCUAAAACACUGGGAACACAACUGUGUCCAAGGCCUAGAUUGUCAGGGGCUCAGGGGUGAACAGGACACGGUUUUGCAUAAGAGUUGGAGGGCAGGUUCUGUGUUUGAAGAGACCUGGCUAUCCCUUUUAUCCCAAUGUAGCCACAGUGCCCAUCAAGCAUAGGGACUGCAGGGGAGCUUUAGCCCUGUGCUCAGGCCCUGCUGACAGAGUGACUGUGGGUUUGCCAUGUUGAUAAAUCCUGGGUUUCCUGCUGUUUCCUGGCACAGAAGCUAAAUCAAAUGGGAGAAGAGCCUUUAUUUUGUAUUAGUAUUUCAGCCUCUUUCCUUUUCAGUCCCUUCCUCUUGUGUAUCAUUUUCCCUUUUGAUUCUACAAGUUCAUUAAAUGGAGAAAUGAACUCUCCUGGCAGUAUCCCAGUAUCCUUUCAGAAAAAGACUAGCACACAGUUUUGCUCUGCUGCUUUUUUCUUUUUUUUUAUUUCUUUCUUUUUUUUUUUUUUUUUUUUUUUUUUUUGCUGAUUAGCCUGUAGUUUAACAUGUAUUUGGAUGUUCUCAAAGACAUGUAUUAGGGGUGGUUGUGGUUAUCUUCUGACACUUUCUUUUUGUCCUUGAGCAAGUACUGCUUAAAUUUACACAGUUGGUUUCUGUUGACUACAGUGGUUGAAUAGUCCAUUUCUAUGAGAAUACACCUUAAGUAUUCUGUUGAGUUUUUCUACUUAACCAUCUUGUAAUUUUGCUUGCCUUCUUCCUUUUCUGUUGAAGAAUAUAAUUUUUUUCUUUCUAUGCCUGAACAGCCUGACCUUAUAGUCUAACUUUUUUUUUUUUCUCAUGGACCUCAGAUCUUUGGUAAGCUUUCUUUUUAAUAUAUACAUUAACCCUUGUUUAAAAAUGUCACUUCUCCAUAAAAAUCCUUUGUUAAAGGCUGUUAAACCUAACUUUUUCUUGAGGAUGUGAACACUACUUUUAUUUAUGAUUCACCAACAGUCACGAAAAAGAAAAAAAAUUCAUUAAUUUUUUUCUUUAACAGUAGUCAUUGUAUAAAAAAAGUUCUUAAAAAGCAAAAAUCUUUUCGGGUACUCAAUUAUGCAGGAGUAUAUGGCUAAAAAACUACUGUAGCCAAAGAGUAGUUUGAAGUCUGAUAGGUUAUUCAGAGUUUUAUUCAGAUCCAUUAGAAUGAGUCAGGAUUGCAGCCAUUCUACUGAAAGAUAUGAAGGAAAAUAUAUGAAAAAUAUGGUGAAAAAUAACUUCCUCACUUGGCAAAUGAUUUACUGUGAUCUUUAGCAUUUCACACUUGAGUAAGCAAACUUCAGAACCUGUACACUUCAGGUACUGUACACUGAGUUUAGUAAAAUACUUGCUAAAAUUUUUGUUUAACAACCAACAUGUUUGGAUGUAAUACCAUUGUAUGUCAGACUCCAGAAACCACUGGCAGCACUGUAACAUUCUCCAGGUUCCAACCAGUGCCAGAGAGAAAUCAUAAGAGGGACAUGUCCCAGUUCUGGCCACUGGUAGCGGGACCUCAGUAGAGCCGUGAGAGGUGAAUACAGGCAAGGGAAAUUGCAUUUGGCUCUGGCACCACUUGCCCUGACUUAAAACCACACUACAAAAAAGCAGGGUUUUGUCCAGUUCAUCCUGACAGACGACCUGAGAAUGAGGCUGAUAUUCCCCAGAGCCAGGGCAGGGACUCCACAGUCAGGACAAGGCACCUGUGGACUUCUGAGGCAAACACAGGCUUUGUGUUGCUGAAGGAAGGUGCUGAAAGAAAGAGAAUAAUUUGACCCUCAAAAGCUGACACUUAAAUGCUUUUGAACAUAGAGGGAGUUCACAUCUGGUAUAUUUAGAAAAUUAGUCAGGCUUGAGUGCUUGCCACUCUGCAUAGAAAUGCUCUUGGAUGUACAAAUUUCUAAUGAAAUAAGUAAUGACAAGUGGUAUAUAGGGCAGUCUUAACUGGUUUCAGUUGAUUUGAAAAACAGCAUAGAAUUUUUAUAUCAGCUCUAGAAGUUAAAAAUUCUUUGACUUUCAUACUAGAUUUACAGAAACUGUCAGUCACCAAAUAGGAGGUGAGUUCAGCUGUUCAUCUGUUGGUGAAAGAUGUCUUCAUUGUCAAAGUCAGAGAACCUGUUGCUACUACACUAUAACAGCACAACAAAAAAGAAUGUUUUCUUCUGCAGACGAGACCUACACACAUUUGGGAAUCAAAAACCAUACAAGGAGAAAUACGGCUGCCUUUAAGCAAGCCAGCUUCAUUAAGGUGGCAGAAUAUAUCAUUUUAGCUUUUACACCUGAAUGUGAAAUACUUCAUUUGAACAUACCAAUAAAUACAGCCCUGUAUCUGUUCUUGCAGAAUUACACAUUGUCUGCAGGACAGAUGCAACAACACAGUUAUGUGUUAAUACAGGUAGACUGAAGAAGUGCCCAUUUGUGAUUGCCCAAUUCCAUGGCACAAACAGAGCUCUUUAUUUUCAAUUUGUAAAUGCCUAUAUGCUUAAAAGCUGCACCUGCAGCACUUACCAUUUUAAGCCUCUCUUUCUGCUUUAAAUAGUGCACUUAUUUUUAGUGAGGUGGUGGUGGGUGGUGAAUCAUCCCUAGCCAUUCUCACAGGCCACCAGAUCACUGCCUGCACACCUGCUGCAGUCCAGGACACUGCAGCAAACACAAGUUGCUCAUCAAGCCCUGAGUUGUGCCUUGAAAGUGCUGAGGACACACAGGUGCCUCUAUUUGUCAUUUGAGCACAGGGAGCAGCAGGAUUCUGUGUUCAGUGCAUUGCCGCCUCUUCUCCCACACUGCAUCUUGCCUUUAAUAACAAGACUUAUCCAGUCAGGAGAUUUAGCUCGCUGAAACUGGAUUUAAAAUAACUAAAUAAUAACUGAAGUUUUUCUUUCAUCCCAUUUUCUUGCUCUGUCUUCCUUCUUCCAUCAUACAUUAGAUUUUUACCUAAAGACCAACUUUUCAAAAGAAAUUUAUUUCCUCAUUGUGCCACCCCCAUAGAAUAAAGUUAUGACUAUUUAAGAUUUAGACUAAUCCUCUCUACACAGCAGCUUCAUUCUAGAGUAAGCUUACUUAAAGUAAGUAAGCUUACUUAAAAUUAGUUUACCUUGUAACCCAGGUUUAGUUUAGUUUAGUUUUAGACUAGCUUAAAUAAAUACAGGAUUGGUCAGAGAAUUUUCAGAGGGUCCACAUUUUGAGUUGUCAGUGGGUUUUAAAGACCACAGCUCACCUGAAAUCCUGUCUGUGAGCAGAAUGCAAGGAUGCUGCCACAUGAGUAAGAAACAUCCUUUACAUGUGUUCAGCAUUCCAAAAGGACAGUCAGACCCCACCCUGUGCCUUUUUAUAAGCCUGCCCAACAUAUUCAAAUCUCUCAGAUCAGUUUUACCUAUAAAAAACCCAGUUUUAAUCUUGCAGAUAGCAGGUUAGAACUUCAGGAGCAAAAGUAGUGCUGUGAUUCUUACACAGGGUCUGCUGACAGGUGUUUGACAGCAAAACUCACCUGCUCUGUGACAGCUCCCAUGUCUGGACUCUAAAUAUCUUUGAAUGUUCUUACAAAUUUAGCUUGAGGAAAAUCUUCAACAAAUUGACCCAGUGGCAAAUUUCUCAGCCACCUCAGGGGUGUGGAUGAUUUCUUAAUGAUGGAAAUGAGUGACACACACAGUUCAUUAUAUCUGUAUCAUGAGUUCAAGGAGUUGCAUUUUUUCAUAGUUUAAAACCACUGACUGACAGGAAUGGGAGUAAGUGGAGGAGUUCUUAUAGAAUCUCAGUAUUUUGGGACUUUAUUGAAGUAGUUUUCUAGAAUGACAGACUGUUUUAAGCACUUGGGAAAAGGAAUAUUUAUUCUUCCAGAAGAAUUUAUGGAAGAAGGGAAAUUUCUGUAAGGUACUAUGAACUUACUCCUCAGCGAGAGACUUGGAUUCAAAGACAAGACUUGUACUUUAUCUCUCAUCUGAAUAGAAGCAGAGUGGAAAAUCAACGUCAAAAACCUGUUAUCUAAGGAUCUGAAUAUAUACAAUUCCAGUUUGUUAUUUCAUUUAUUUAUUCUUUCAACAUAAAGCUUUUAAUCUAUAAAAUUAAUAUGUAAUAUACAAGAGUAAAAUGUACAGAAGUACCUUUAGAUCUAAUAAUUUAAACCAUCUGUAUUCAGGGAGUGGAGAUAACAAGUUUAAAGAUAUACAAACAAUUGCAAUUCAAUUUUUUCAAUAUCUAGAAAAAAGUGGCUUUGAUUAAUUAAAAUUUAUUUUAAUUAUUGUGAAAAUAUCUUUUUUAGAGUUUGUUUUUGUUACUUUUUUAAUUAAAAUUAUUUUGUAAAUAUUGUUUUCUAUGUUUUAUACCUUAGAAAGGCCAUUAAUUUGCAUUGAGAGCAGCAGGGUCUCAACAUAUUGAUUAUAAAGAUACAUUAGGAGACUGGGGCGGAUGUGAGGCAGUUGCCAGAUUUAUCAUUCCAGAUUACAGAUCCUGUUAUUUCUUCAGUCUCACUGACAUGACAGGAAGAGUUUUCUGGGGCACUUUAACAUUUAAACAGAAUUGACUAUAAAGUGUCAUUCUAAAGUGCUUCCCAUUUUCAUAACAUAAAAAGAAUAUGUAUCCUAAAGUUAGUGCUGGUUCUUCUUCCUUUGUUACGAUAAAAAACAACACAAAACUCAGAAAUAAAAGGGAAUUUAAUAGAUUACACACGUGGAUAGUGGAAAGACAAGGAAAGCUGUGGGAUCUCUAUGCUUGUAGGGAGCAGUGGAAGUGAUAAAACCUCACAUUGGAUCAGAUCACAGAGCCUUUUUUAGCCAAAACCACUGAGGCCAGUGGUACUUUCACAUGUGAAAAAGUUCAUUAUGAUCAUAUCCAGCACCAGUUUAAGCAGGAAUUUCUGGCAGGCUGAGUUUCAGGGGGAAGCACACAGGGUGGAAUACUGGUUUCUGCAUCAGUUUGCUUCACGUAAACCACUGUGCAGGAGUGAGACUUUAAACUGAACUGUUGUAGAUGCUGCUGGGAUUUCUAAGUUUUAUUACCAAUGUAAAUUGUGUACAAACAGCUAUUUCCAUAUGAAAUGUACAAUAAUAGUUUAGAGCAAGGGUAGUGAAUAACUGUACAAAAUUUGAUACUUAGAAAAUAAAAUACAGUGCUAAGCUUUACCAAUAUUUUAACAAUUCUGUCAGAUUUAUAGUAGAAAAUGUUGUUGUAAAUGUACCUUAUAAGAAAAUACAUUUCCUUUUACCUCUGUACAUUAAUAGCUUUGAUUUCUAUGUCAAAGUUAAAAAUGAAGCAUAAUAAAAUUUUUGUUAAAAUCACUUUCAUAAUAAACA